AUGAAUUACGCGAGUUUCAGAGAUUGGAGAAUAAUUGAAAUAUUAGCUGAAGAACAUCCUUACAUUGUGGCUUUACUGAGUAAUACAAAAAAUUACACGUGCACAGGAGUUAUAAUAAGCCAACGCGCAAUACUAACGUCUGGUCGUUGCGUCUCCCCCGAACCAACGUUCGUCGCAGUUAACAGUGCAGUAGUAGGGAAAAUGUUACACAGAAAUAAUAUUUUCGAGAUUGCAUUCACAAGAGUUCACGAAGAUUAUAUGUACGAGGUAAAUGAAUUAAAUCAAAACGUUACACGGAUGCACAGCAACCUUGCAAUCGUAUUUACUGUCAGAGCAGUACUUUUACAAUUUACUGAAAGUGCCAUUUUGGGAAACUACUUCGAAUCCGAAUUGAAAAAUAAGAUACUAUCCGUAACUGGAUACGGGCAAUUGAAAAAUUCUGACGUAGCUGUCUUGCAAAUUCAGGAAUAUAAACAAGUAGCUUGUUCGAAUCCCAAGUGGUAUUAUUGUAUUUGUGGUAUAGAAUACUCAAGUGAAAUAACAUACGAAUUGCCAUUCGGUGAGGGUGCGCCAAUUUUCUAUGAAGAUGAAGUUGUUGGAAUUACAUCGUGUCCUGUAGGAUCUAUAAGUUUGAAAGGAGAUGUUGAUUAUAACAUAUUUACAGUUAUAACACCGUAUAAGACGUGGAUCACAAAAACACAAUUGGAUAUAAAUGAACAUGGUGACAAAAAGCCUCGUAGUAAAGAAACAAAUGGCCUCGACGUUAAAGACUAUGGAGACAUUGAUAUACCGACGAGUCAUGAAGAUGUUGGCGUAGAUAACAUGGUGUCUCUACCUCUUGUGUCUGCCUGUAAUCAUAAUGUUUCCAAGAAAGUGUCUCAAGUGCUACGGGAUGGGAGACUUGCUGUUACUAUAGGAGGAGAUCACUCCAUUGGAGUUGGCACUGUGGACGGGCAUUAUAAUGUGAACGAGGACAUGAUUCUCAUCUGGGUGGACGCCCACGCGGAUAUCAACACAAACAAAACUUCCGAGUCGGGCUCAGUGCACGGCAUGCCCGUCGCACUUCUUGUGAAAGAGCUAUCGGAUUACUGGCCUUAUCUCCCUACUAUGGACUGGCAAGUUCCCAAAUUUUCGAUUAAGAACCUUGGUUACAUCGGACUUAGAUCUGUAGACCACUAUGAAAGAUUGGCUAUAGAAAAAUAUAAAGUACCUACAUUUGCUAUGGAAGACGUUGAAGAUCAUGGUAUUGAAAAAUCAAUUAACAAUAUUCUACAUGUAUUGGAUCCUGGCCAAGAAAAGCCUAUUCAUGUGAGCUUCGAUAUCGACUCUUUGGAUGCCCUGGAAGCACCAAGUACAGGAACACCAGUGCGGGGCGGUUUAACUCUACGUGAAGGAAUAAAACUCAUGGAGAUUAUUCAUUCGACGGGCCGUUUGAGAGCACUAGAUCUCGUGGAAAUAAAUCCGGCGAUAGGAAAUGACUCCGAUAGAAAAAGGACAAUUGAAGCAGGGCUAUGCAUUUUAAAGGCUGCGCUUGGAUUUUCAAGGCGCGGCACAGCUCCGCGCGGCGUUUCUGACUUACCCGUACAAACGCAUCACAAUAAGUCUUAAUUCACUUUCUUAGGAGUUUCCCUUUUAAAGGGGCUAUUAUUAUGUGCUAUAU